GGUGUCCGGGGGGAACUUGAUCCGUUCUAAGACCUUCCAGCUCUAUCAAGAGAAAGGCCUCGCUUUACAUUCAGUUGCCAGUCAUCUCUGUUGACACGAGUGCAGGGGCGCUACCGGUUACUCCCGGUUCUCGCCGGGUACCCGUGAAUGGCCCCCCGCGAUUAACCCGGCCAAGGACGCGAAGAGAAGGCGCAUUUGACCCCUAACCCUGCCCACAACGGCCUUCUUUUUGAUGCUCGCUCUUUGAUCUCCUGGGGUUCUGCAUCGCCGCCGCUCAGCGCUGCCCUUCUUGAAGGGUUCCCUGGAACCAGGUUUUCUGUGAACAAUGGCAGAAACUCCUCGAUGCCCCUCCGUGGUGAGCAAGAUGGGUGGAUCUUCAUACCUGGCGUCCAGGUUGGCGCCUAGCCGGCCGAUGUACUCUGCUCCGGAGUACAGCAGCCCUUUGGCUGCCGCUGCCAAGCUGGGUGCUCUGGCCAGGCAGAGCGGGUUCGGCGCUAUGUGCCCGAUGAACGUGAUGGGUGCAAGGAACAUGUCUCAGGAUGUGUUCGUGCCGGCCGCGAGCGAGAAGACAUUCACUGCGUUCAUGACGGACUUUCUGAUGGGAGGUGUGUCGGCCGCGGUGUCGAAGACGGCGGCGGCGCCCAUCGAGCGGGUGAAGCUGCUGAUCCAGAACCAGGACGAGAUGUUGAAGUCGGGGCGUCUGUCGCAUCCAUACAAGGGGAUCGGCGAGUGCUUCGGGCGGACGAUCAAGGACGAGGGAGUGAUGUCGUUGUGGAGGGGAAACACGGCGAACGUGAUCAGAUACUUUCCGACGCAGGCGCUGAACUUCGCGUUCAAGGAUUACUUCAAGUCGCUGUUCGGGUACAAGAAGGACAAGGACGGAUACUGGAAGUGGUUCGCGGGUAACUUGGCGUCGGGAGGUGCGGCGGGAGCGUCGUCGCUGCUGUUCGUGUACUCUUUGGACUACGCGCGGACGCGGCUGGCGAACGACGCGAAGUCGUCGAAGAAGGGAGGAGGUGAGAGGCAGUUCAACGGGCUGGUGGACGUGUACAAGAAGACGCUGGCGACGGACGGAAUUGCGGGGCUGUACAGAGGGUUCAUGAUAUCGUGCGCGGGCAUCAUCGUGUACAGGGGCCUGUACUUCGGAAUCUACGAUUCGUUGAAGCCGGUGGUGCUGGUGGGCAGCCUGGAGGGCAACUUUUUGGCGAGUUUCAUGUUGGGAUGGGGAAUCACGAUCGGAGCAGGCCUGGCUUCGUACCCGAUCGACACGGUGAGGCGUAGGAUGAUGAUGACAUCGGGAGAGGCAGUGAAGUACAACGGAUCGAUGGACGCGUUCAGGCAGAUCGUGGCGAAGGAGGGAACGAAGUCGUUGUUCAAGGGUGCGGGUGCGAACAUAUUGCGUGCGGUGGCAGGAGCUGGAGUGUUGUCGGGAUACGAUCAGUUGCAGAUCUUGCUUUUGGGGAAGGCGUACUCGGGCGGCAGCGGCUAGGUUUGCAUAGCCAGACAAUGAAGAAUUUUACAUAUCAGCCUUCGCUAUGCGCUGGGCCUAGCGCCUCCGAAAGAGAAAAAAAUUAUUUGUCUGCCAUGGGGACUUCAUUUUGCAGCGCAGUUUGUUGUGUCCCUCGGAUUUAGACUUGCGAGGGGUCGAUGUCAUGAGAUAUGAGCACAUUUUUUUUGUCCUUCUAAUAAGCUAUUCUUA